AGUUUUAGGCGCAAAAUUCAAACAUAAUGUCAUACGAAAUACUUGGAAAUCCCGUCAAACGUCUUGCGUAUGAUAGUGUGGAUCCAGUCGUCGUAGAUGAUUCAGUUCCUACCAUCAGUGAAAUCAAGUCCAACUUCUUCACUUCAUUGGGAAACUUUUUUUAUCGUAAAUCUAGGUGGUCUAAAAAGCAACCUACUCCUCACCUUGGUAACAGUCUAACUGAUAUAGAUGAAGUCCUCAAGUUUUAUGACUUCUGGGAAGAAUAUGAUACCUGUCGUGAUUACUCAUAUCUAGAUGAAGAAGAUAAGGAAAAAGAAGCUUUGGAAACUCGAGCUAACAAUCCAGGUCUUUAUAUUCAUAAGAGAUUUGUAACACCUUUAUCUCUUCCUUGGCCUAAUUGGCCUUAACAAGAGAUUUCAUUUAUUAUUUUCCAUACUUUGUUCGUUGACUUUUUUCACCUCCCCUUUGAUUUUCAAAUAAACGCUUCGUUAUCCAAUUAUCUGAAUACUUCUUAUUACAUGUUGUAGUUUUUAUGAAUGUUAUUUCAGCAUCCACAUUUUUCAAAUCAUUGACCUAUUUCCCAUUAUGAAACACGGACUCAAACCUUUGUUAUUCUUAUAGCAACUGGUACACCCGUCAUCACACUGUCGAUUUGUACUUUCUAUUUAUUAUGUUUAUUUAUGUCACUGUGACUCGUAAAGUACAUUGAUUAGUUCAAUA